AUGCCCCAGAACACUCCAGGGCCAAGCAGGGCUUUUGAAAUUCAAGUGCCAUGUAUCGUCUUCCUUGUCACCACGCCGACCUUUGUGGGAAUCCGACUGUGGUCCCGAGCUAAGUCUAAGUCGGGCCUGGGCUGGGAUGACUGGACCAUUUUGGCGUCUUGCAGCUUUGCGGUCAUUGUAAUGGCCUUCAUGCUGGCGUCCUGUACCUAUGGCUUUGGUCAGCACAUUGCGAAUAUCACAACACCGAAUAGGUUAAUGACCAUGAAGUUCUUCUUCGUUAGUCAGGCUUUCUACAAGCUUACUAUGAACACGACAAAGAUGUCCAUCUUGAUGCUAUAUCUGCGCAUUUUUAUCCAGCGUUGGUUUCGCAUCACCUGUUAUGUGCUAUUGGUCAUCAUCACCUCCUACAUGGUGGGCGCCUUCUUCGCCUCCGUAUUUCAAUGCACCCCAGUGGCCCGAGCCUGGAACAAGACCAUUCCAGGAUCAUGCAUCGACAUAACCACCAACUGGUACGCCAACGCCGGCUUUUCGAUUGCUACCGACGUCAUCAUAUUGACACUGCCGAUGUAUCCGCUCUAUAAGUCGAAAAUAAUAUUGAAGCGCAAAAUCGCCCUAAUGGGGGUGUUUGCCCUGGGUGCCUUUGUCGUCGUUACAAGCAUUCUCCGGAUGCAGACACUGGAUUUCUCGUCCACCAGUCCCGACCCUACUUACGAUAUCGCAUCCUCAGUAUGGACGAUGCUUGAGGAAAAUGUGGCGAUCACCUGUGCCUGCCUGCCAAUGAUGUGGAUGCCACUUGCUAGGCUUUUCCCCUCCUUCUUUUCCUUAGAUAAUGGGACCGACAGCUACGGAACCUCGGCUAGCAGGAGCUCGGAUCUUAAAGCCACCUCGCGGCCUCGAAGUAACUGGACUCAUUUAAAAGCGUACCCUGAUACCAGGGCCCGCAUUAGUAUGAACCAAACCAGCGAUCCCCCAAACCGCCCCUCGGAGGAUAGCACGGGCCGGAUCCUCCCGUCUAGCCGGGGCAGCGAAGCCCAGGCGGGCACCACUGACUCGGCACUGACCAACCAUGGGAUGGCUCAGAUCAAUUGCCUUGCUCAGCAUUUCGUCUCCAAUUCCACCAAAUUCAUGACGGUGUUCUCUUCAGACUUAAGUCGAGCAAGAAUCACAGCCGAGGAGGUCUGCCGUGCACAGGUUUCACCUUCCGGUGAAACACCCUUACAACCGAUAUUGACUCAGAAUUUAAGAGAGAAAGAUUACGGAUCGAUGGAGGGCCGCUUCUGGAAAACCUCUCCUCCAUUGCCAAGGCCGCGGGACUGGGUAAUGCCCGAGUCAAAAGCGUCGAUGAGAAAGAGGGCUGAAAAAUUUUGCGACGAACACCUGCUUCCACUACUGAUAUGUGACCCACACGACCAGCAAAAUGUCGCGAUUGUUGCCCACGGCAUUAUCCUCCAAGAGCUAUGGUCGUAUUUUACUGAGAUCUUCAAUCCAGCGGACACCAAGGGUGCUCCCGGGAUUUGUGACACCGAUAUGAGUACGGUUCAUAAUAAGCCUAUCUGGUCAAACACCGGCUACAUGACGAUACGGAUUACCCCGAACGCGACGGAAAGGACUAUGCUGCCUACUGCCAUGCCAGGCUUCGCAUUUGUUAUUCUGAGUAUUGACGACAAGAGACAUCUUGCCAAUCUCCAUCGCACCAGGGGUGGGGUUGGAACAGCCGCACAUGACACGAAACAAAGAAAGAUUGAUCAAUUUUUCCGAUAA